AUGUGGCUAGAGCACAGUUUCAACAUCUCACCGUUUGAAUGGAGCUUUCCAUGGCCACCCUCAGGGUUCUCAAUAGAUUUUUAAGUAGGAGGUGAUCACUGAUAAAGUAGGAGGCUCUUCAGCAAAGCCAGAGGUGUCAAAACAAAGCAAAGAAAAGCGACUUAAACACAAAGUAAGCGGCUAUAAAUCCCAAAGUAAGCGGCGAUCAAUCGCCGGGUGCCGCCUUCUAUUGAGAACCCUGCACCCUGGUUGAACAAGCUGCGUAAUUAGACAGGCAAAGGCCCAACAGAACUCGCUAUUCCUGAAACAAUCCACAUUGCUCGCAUGUUGGAGCAGUAUAUUCGCGGGUAUUUGUGCAGCACCAACACCAACCGCUGGAAAGACCACCUGUCUGCGAAGAAAAGCGACCCCUCGAGUUACAACGUCACCAACUAUUUCUACAGGUUUGAAUUCCAAAAGAGGGGUACACUCCAUACACACAUCUUGAUAUGGCUAGAAGACAUGAACGAGGUGGACAUCACCAAGCUGUCAGCCACUUUACCAUGGGGAAACGUGGAAGAAGCUUUUCAAGUAUACGAUCUGCAAAAAUCUAGCAGCUGCGCUCUACCACUCAGGCAAGGUCCUAAUCAAGUACUCACUGAGAAUGGAGAAACAUACCUGGCCUUUCAUCAUAUGGCCAGCGAGCGUUUUCCGUUUCUGCCCCCCGACUAUGGAACAAGCUCCCCUUUGAAUUUCGAGCUUGUUCUGAUGUUAAUCUUUUUAAGUCUAAGUUGAAAACGUUUCUUUUUAAAAAGGUAUAUGACAUUUAGUUUCAUCAUAUUUGUUUUUGUUUUUUUUCCUUUUUAAGAUGUGUAUGCUAUAAAUUUCCCAAUAUGUACAGUAGGAUUAUAUGUAAGCUUGUGAUUAAUGAUAUUCUUAUGUCCUUUUUCACAUUGUAAAGCGCUUAGAACAGCGAUGUAUAAGAGCUAUAUAAAUUCUAUUAUUUACACGUGGAACGACAAAGGUUGCAACUUGCGCGCCUAUGUACCAGCGGUCAGUGCCUCUUUGGAAUGCUCAAUGGACGUGCAGUCAUCAGAUGGGAAGGCCAUGCUGCUGAAGUACGUAACAUCUUACGUUGCUAAGUGCCACGACGCCGUCAAGACACAGCAGUUGUACUCGGUAGAUCUUGGUGCCUACCAGACUGCAACAUCUUUCCUCAAGAAAUGCAUCCCUUGGAGCCCGAAAUGGUCCUCCAGUUGACCUCCCUGAAAAUAGCGAGGAGCAACUCGCAUACAAAAGCCUUCACAGCUCCAACACCAGACCAAACGGAGCACAAGAUCCAUCUGAAAUACCUGGCUUGUGCAAACGAAGAUGAGCACAUGACGUUUCUUGGGUGGCUCCGUGAGUAUGACUAUGAGAAGAACCCGCCAAAGCGGUACAGGGACGGUAAUACGCUGGUUGGAUUGAAGCAUUUCUCCGUGUUCAACCCGCUGUACUUCUUUCAACUCCUAGUAAUGAACUUUCCGCACCGCAGCCUUGAUGAACUUCGAGAUCCUCGCGAGGACCGUCUAGCGGACCCCAUAAAGUACUUUGUCCCCACGUGAGACAAGCUACCAGAAAUCUUGGGUUCCAGGGAAACCAUACUACAGUACUUGUCAAGUGAAUCACAUAAGAGAAGCUUUGUGAACACCAUCAUUUACUACAUAGAGUCACUGCAAGACAUCUACACUAUGUGGCAGCUGGGCGGAAUUGAUAACACCUUCGCCACUUUGCAACGUUCUGACUUUGCAAUGCAAUAUCCUCUGUCACCGCAACAAAGAGCUGUCUACAUGAGGUAUUAUUCUCUAGUACAAGCACGCCAGCGUAACAUCUAUGGCACAUGGAACAUUAGACGUGUGGCCGUGAGAAACAAAGACCCAGAGCAUGAAUCAGAAGACUAUACGAAAUACCAACUUCUGUUAGGCUGUCCUGGCACUGGAAAGACCCAAGUAGUGAAGCCCUUAGUCCAUACAUUGAUAGAAGAGGAAUAUUCAGUCACCGUCUGCAGCCCUUUGGAUCUUCUAGCCACCAAUUACUGAGAAUAAUUCUACCCUGACCUCGAAGCAGACACCAUUCACGCCCUCUUCAACAUCCCCGUCGGGGCGUACCAGAAGUACGUCGUGAAUUACGCCAUUGGCAAGUACGAUGCCAUUAUCAUCGACGAGGCUUCUAUGGUCGGUGAUGACACGUUCGACUUGAUAGAUGACACCUUAAAGAAGCAGGCGCACAGACCAGUUGUAAUCAUCGCAGGCAAUGAAUGUCAGCAGCCCCCGUUACAAACAGUGAAUGGAAGCACAAUCCAGACGACUUCCAUGGUGAAACGUGGAAGAAGCUUUUCAAGUAUACGAUCUGCAAAAAUCUAGCAGCUGCGCUCUACCACUCAGGCAAGGUCCUAAUCAAGUACUCACUGAGAAUGGAGAAACAUACCUGGCCUUUCAUCAUAUGGCCAGCGAGCGUUUUCCGUUGCUGCCCCCCGACUAUGGAACAAGCUCCCCUUUGAAAUUCGAGCUUGUUCUGAUGUUAAUCUUUUUAAGUCUAAGUUGAAAACGUUUCUUUUUAAAAAGGUCUAUGACUUCCAUCCUGAAGAAACAGCGUUUGAGGGAAAUGAGCCAGAUACAGUCUCUCUACCAGCAGUUUCGCUGUAGUGACAAGCCCUACCUCGACUUCCUCCAGUACAUCCACCAGACGAAACCUGAGCAGUAUGUACUCGACAAUUUCCAACGACCAUUGCUCCUGUUUAAUGAGUCCGAUGUCACAGACUACGACAUCUGGAAGACGAUGAAAGAUGCUCCAGAGGCAACCGUCCUCACUGUCUCCCGAGCUGUGGCCACCAGGGUCAACAACAUCGUGAUCCGUCGCAUGUUUGAAGACAAAACGCCACUAUCAUCAAUAGCUCUGGAUAACGACCUUCAAGAGUUCCUCGCCUUCAAGCAUAUGCAUGUGGUAGUGAUGCAGGACCUGGAUAAACGUACGGGCGUUGUCAACGGACAACUGGCAACCAUCGUUAACAGCCAAAAUAACACGCUGCUUCUCGAAUUUCCGAAUGGGAAGACCACCUUCACGUAUCCCGUAACAACGGCUACAGAAGAAGGCAUCUGCAGAGUGCAUUAUGCCCUUAGCCCGGCGUACUCUAUGACGAUCUGCCAGAUACAGGGUGCCAACAUCAAAAAA